UGCAAAAAAAUCACGAGUAAAUUAGAUCUUUUGUGCAUAGAUUGAAGCCAUAUAAAAGUAAACGCAUCAUCAACGCCACUUAUUCGAGGUAGUGUAGAAGAAUCGGAAAACUUAUUCUGUGGCUUGACAUAGAAUUUUCCCUAAAGAUGUCUCUUCGUGUCGCCGUAUUGGUGCUCCUUAUUUUGCAAGCUGUUUAUGCAGCCGUUCCUUUUGAUCCUGAUCUUGAAGUUCACUGGGAAAAUUUCAAGAGGACAUUCGGUAAAACUUACAAAGGAGAUGAAGAAGUGAAAAGACGAUUAGUUUUUGAAGAGAGUGUUAAGGAAAUCGUCCGACACAACUUAGAAUAUGAUCUUGGAGUUCACAAAUACAGAAAAGGACUCAACCAGUUUGCUGAUCUGGAACACGAUGAGUUUGUAAGACAGAUGAACGGAUUCCGAGCUGUUCUAGAAAGAAGUGCCGAUGUCUUCAGCGCUCCUUCAAAUGUUGUGUUGCCAGAUACUGUCGACUGGAGGCAGAAGGGAAUUGUCACUCCCAUCAAGAAUCAGCAACAAUGCGGAUCCUGCUGGGCCUUCUCCACCACCGGCUCCCUGGAGGGACAGCACGCCCUGAAGACUGGAAAGCUCGUGUCCCUCAGCGAGCAGAACCUGGUCGACUGCUCCGGCCCUGAAGGAAACAUGGGAUGUGAAGGUGGUUUGAUGGAUCAGGCUUUCGAGUACAUCAAGAAGAACGGCGGCAUCGACACCGAGCAGUCCUAUCCCUACACUGCUGAGGACGGAACCUGCCAUUUCAAAAAAGGCAGCGUGGGAGCCACUUGCAAAGGUUACGUGGAUAUUCCCACUGGGGACGAGAAGGCUCUCCAACAGGCCGUCGCCACCGUUGGCCCCGUUUCUGUCGCCAUCGAUGCCAGCCAGUUCAGCUUCCAGCUUUAUUCGGGCGGAAUAUAUGAUGAACCAAGCUGUGACAGCCAAAAUCUGGACCACGGUGUGCUAGCUGUUGGUUAUGGUACAGAAGAUGGCGCUGACUACUGGCUCGUUAAAAACAGUUGGGGAACUUCUUGGGGUGAGAACGGAUACAUCAAGAUGUCCAGGAACAAGAACAACCAAUGCGGAAUUGCUACUCAAGCCAGUUAUCCUUUGGUGUGAUUUCUUUUUUACUCUGGUGACUUAGUUUAUCUUCAAAGAUGAUUUUAUAGACGUUUUAGGAUACUUCCUUUAUGAGGCACGCUUUUAAAUAUUUUACUCAAUGAAAUAUUGUAAAUAACACAACUCACUUGGAUAUAGCACAACUGCUAUUGCUCUCUUUUUCAAAGUAAAUUGAAAAUGAUUUGAAUGAUUUUUUGUAAAAAUAAUGUUUGAUAUUAAAUAAAUUUUGAAAACUA